ACCCAACAUUAAUUAUCAUUAUGUUAUGAAACGCAUAAGGAUAUAAAAAAUGGGUAAAACAUGGUAGUCGGUAGUCCAUGACGAAAUAAAAUUUAAUUUCUUGUUGAGUGAGGGGUUUGUUUUUAAUGCUUGGUUGUAUUAAGAUAUAUGUAAUAAAGCUUAAUUGAUAAACUGUGGAAAGCUGAAAGUGCUAUCAUAUGAACCGGGGAUUAAUGAUGCAGCUUUUAUUGGAUUAGGAGGUAAUGAUGGCUUUCUGGUCAUACAAUUGAGUGUUGAGAAUUUGAACCCAACGAAACGGAGUGUCGUUGAGCGUUCGUUCGCCAUUCCACUUCCAGUAUCCCACUCGACCGCCGUCCAAUGGGAGACACUGGAACCUGUCCAUCGUUUUCUGCACGCGCUACGCACACUGAGAACAGUUAGAUGCCAGAUGCUUUAUUCUCUCUACCAUUUUUCAAUCCUCUCUCUCUCUCUCUCUCUCUCUCUCUCUCUCAAGCUUUUCUUCGAUCUUUCUCCAUGGAGAUGGAAGCGGAGGACGACGACCAAUCUCAGCCAAACAGGCUACGACAGAAGGCAUAUGGAGAAAAUCCUCGUUCUGCCAGGUGCCAUCUGGAUGGAGUUCACAAAACCAACAUUACUGAAGGGAAUAAGAAAAGAAAAUUACAGACUGAUCAACUGGAUUUGCCUAGAUCAAAGCACAAAUGUUGGGUUGGGAGAUUCUCCUCUGAACAUGGUUCAAUGUCCGAUGACAAUCUAGAGCUAGGGAGCACGCACAUGCCCAUGUUCAUGAGUGAAACGUAUGCGUCAGCUCUUGAUAUUUCAGAAACCAAAUCUUCCAAAGGCAGCAAUAAUUUCAGUGAAGAUUCAGACGCUGCCAUGUCUGUAAAUGAUGAACCAAAACAUCAGAUGGAUUGUCCUAAACCAUACCUGUACGGAAGGCCUUCCUAUUCUUUUAUUAAUUGGGAUGGCUAUUAUUUCAAGAAAAGUUGUCGUGAAGAGGACACAGUUGUUGAAAGAGAAUCAUCCUACGAUUAUGAUGAUGAUAUACAAGCUUUGGUGAAUCUUGAGGAGCACUCUCUGGAUUUAGGAAUUUGUAGAGAUCAUGAUUACUCAGAAUAUGUGAAAAAAGGCAACGAGCAUUCCAGAGAAAAAGAAUUUGAAGAUGUUUAUGCUGCUCAUGGGGCAAAUCCUAGCAUGUAUAUCCUAUCAUCUGGAAAAUGGGAUGUGAACCAAGAGGCUGAAUCAAGCACAAGGCCGCCAACAAUUGAUCAAGAAUUUGAGCAGUACUUUUCCAUGCUUAUGCUUUAGCAGACUAGCAUAGAUCACUUAUCAUAAAGGAUGUUGAUGUAUAAAGCUACUAGACGCUUGGUUCAACUAAUAAGGGAGUCAUAUUCUCUUAAUUAGAAGUCUCAAGUUUGAGUUUUGGAAAUGUAGCAAUAUUGGUGACAGUGUUUCCAUAUGAAAAGAUCCUAACUCUUUAAAAUCUUCUCAACUUGACGUAGAACAGAUUCAAGAUACAAGUGUACUAUGCAAAACAGGAAGUACUUGUAUAUAUAUUGCUAACUUCUUUUUCUACAUGAAAUAUCAAAAUCUUAUUUAUUCCAAAAAAAUCAAGUACAAACACCUAUAGGUGAAGGCAGAGAAGUACUCAAAAGACCUACAUGUUACAACAAAUACGAACGUCCCAUAAUCAUCCAACCUCUCAUUCCCUAUUAGCAGCUUAGACAACCAAGAUCAUCACUAUUUCUGAAUUCUCAAGCUAUUUUGUAUGUAUGUAACUAUGCAUGUAUUGAUUCCAAGUUGUAAAUAUAUUAUUAUAAUGCUAUAUAUAUUGAUCUUA